UGCUGACUAGACACAAGAGAGAGAGAGAGGAGAGAGAGAGAGAUGGGGGUUGCAAGUGGCAUCCACGCCGCCUAUCUUCCCUCCAAAUUCCAACCACCACCCAAAACCGCCACCUCCAAAACCGCCCACAACAAAACCUUCCGCCGCCGCCGUAUUCCUCCGCCACCCCUGUUCAUAUCCACAAACCCAACCCACGUGAACCCUCACCACCUUCGAGACCUCUACACCCUCUCCAACCACUCCUGCCACCGCUUCCCCGCCCUAGGCGCGGACGGCCGCCCCGAUCCCGUCGACCUCGACAAGCUCCGCAUUGCCCUGUCCCACAGCUGUAUCGUCGUUUCCGUCUUUGCAAAACCCGAGGUCGUAUCGUACUACUCCUCUUCUUCGUCUGAGAAUACGAUGGGGUUUGGAGGAGAUUGGUUGAGGAGAGUGGUCCCCGUUACGGCGGAGAAUGGGAUGUUGGUGGGUUUUGGACGGGCCGUUUCGGAUGGUGGAUUGACUGCUGCAAUUUACGACGUCGUGGUUAUUCCUUCUCUACGAGAGAUGGGAAUCGGCAAGAUGAUAGUCAAAAGAAUCAUAAGCAUGCUCACUAGUAGAGGCAUCUAUGACAUAGCAGCCCUUUGCUCACAUGAGGAGAGGUCAUUCUUUGAAGCAUGCGGAUUUGGAGAGGACAGUUUGGGAGCUACUACAAUGAUGUAUACAAGGACUGUUUCUAGCUGUGAAGCAAAUCACAUGGUCAAACAUGUUGGUCGAAAGCUAUUGGUAGCUCCACUUGUUAGAGAGCCCUUUAAGCCAUGAUUUGUAAUAAGUCAUAAAACUGUCAGCUCUAGCAUAUGACUUUUGCAGCCGAACCCUUGAAAUGCUAAUUGGGAUGUUUCAGAGGAACUCAAGUUUGCUUCUGUCUCGGAUAUUGAUAUCCCAUUUUCAUAUCUAGUUUCAACUGAGAAACACAAUUUCCGAAAACAAGGCAAAAGAGGGUGGAAAUCUGAUGGUAUCAAGGAGGAUAUGUCUGCACUUGCCCAUGACCUGGCUGAAGUUUUCAUGUAAUGUAGACAAUUGGACGUGUCUUAGACAUUACUAUAGACAUACACAUGGAAUAGGAGUAGUAUUUUUGUACAUAUUUUCUGUACAAAAUGAUGUAGCCUUUUCUAGUGUGUUCAUUGUAAGAUAAAAAAUCCCAUCAUCCUGACAUAUAAUUUCGAUAAUGUCAUUAUCAUAUCAUUUUGAUGA